AUGCCGCCACUGGAUGGUUUCUCCGACAAUUCAGUCCGAUCACGUCCAGAUCUUGUUCGAGCCGCCACAUCCAUCAUUUGCGCACUUGAACCAUACAAAAGUAAGGGAAAGGCAAGGAUAAAGCUCCCAGUCGCAACAGCUGCAGGGUUUGAUGAUGUCGCAGCACAGUUGGAAGGAUUCGCUCGUCCCUUAUGGGUGGUUCCGCUGCUCCUAAACGAAGAGAUCGAGAAUAGCGCCCAUCUCGAAUCAUGGAUUCAAGGUUUGGUGACUGGCACUGAUCCUGAAUCACCGGAAUACUGGGGCGAAUUAGAGGACGUUGAUCAGAGAAUGGUAGAAAUGGAGUCGAUAGCAUUUGCGCUUCUAAGUAAUGGGAAUGCGUUUCUAGGGCCGAUGAGUGAGAGAGCAAAAGAAAACCUCGCAAACUGGCUCAGACAGAUCAAUUCCCGACGCAUGCCACAGAACAAUUGGCUGUGGUUCCGCAUAUUUGUGAACAUCGCGCUCGUGAAAGUACUAGGGGUGUCGCGUGAUGAUGUCCAGCAUCAAAUUGACGCAGACUUCAGAACACUCGACUCCUUUAAAAUUGGAGAAGGGUGGUCCAGCGACGGCCUGUGGGGUGACGAGCGCAAGCAGGCGGACUACUAUUCUGGGAGUUUUGCGAUUCAAUUUGCCCAGCUCUUGUACGUCCGAUUCGUCGGCGAUGAGGAUCCCACAAGAUGCGAGGAGUACCGUCGUCAAGCGCAAGAGUUUGGCAGUAUUUUCUGGAGGUACUUCGACAAUGACGGUGCCGCGAUUCCAUUCGGUCGCAGCAUGACGUAUCGCUUUGCAUUUGCCGCCUUCUGGUCCGCUAUGGCAUGUGCAGAUGUUCAUUUAUCAGCAACUUCUGGUAGUAUUGGUGUCAUCAAGGGGAUGCUCUUACGCCAUUUGCGUUGGUGGGCCAAGCACACGGAGAUCUUCAACUUAGAUGGAACACUCAAUAUCGGGUUCACCUACCCGAACAUGUACCUGAGCGAGGCAUAUAACUCCCCGCAAUCAGUCUAUUGGUGCUUGAAAACAUUCACGGUUCUCAUGCUUCCAAAGAGUCAUAUUUUCUGGACUGUCCCAGAGCUACCCCAUCCGCUGGCUCUUUGGUCCCCCUCUCCACAGCCACCGAACCCGGUUCAAGUCGCCUGGCCUCCAAGACACAUUCUGUGCAAUGCGCCAGAGCACCAUUUCCUCCUGUCGUCUGGUCAAAUGUCCCGGAAAGCACAUAAAGGGCGAGAAGCCAAGUAUGGAAAAUUUGCAUAUUCGUCUGCUUUCGGGUUCAGUGUACCAGCCGGGUUUCUGCUCGAACAGCUGGCCCCCGAUAGCACGAUAUGUGCGAGCCACGACGACAGUGAGAGUUGGAAGAUGAGAUCAGAACCAUACAACGAAAGGUUGAUAGACGUGAAAGUCAACGGUGCCUUCCAGCAAGAACAAAUCAUACAAGCCCUAGCCAGUGAAUGGCGACCGUGGAAGUACCUUGAUCUGUACAUCACAUCGGUAUUAGUUCCACUGGUCGAUGCCUUUCCCGGCUGGCAUGCUAGAAUCCACAGGGUCACAUAUCAGGAGACCCCGUGGAUUGACAAUAUUCACAUUGUUGAUAGUGGGUUUGCUCUCGGCGCGGAGACACCAGCCGGUGGCUUCAUCACUCCAGAGGUACGGUCAGCUUCAGUCACGGGCGCGGAAGGUUGUCUAUUGAUUUCGUCUGCCGGCGCAAGUGCAGUUGUCGACUUGAAACCUGAAACAGAACUGGCAGCGAUUGAUACACAAAUAGAAGUCCAGAGCGAGAGUUUCGCGUUGAGGGCGGAUCCAAACACGAAUCUUAUGUCGUCGCGAACACUGAUACCCUCGAUAAAGCACCAUCUAAACCUGAAUAGGUCUGAGCGAAACGCAAGACAGGAGGUAUGCUUGGUAUCGGGCGUGUUUGCCGUGGCAGCAUCAGCAGGCUUGGAUAAGGACACGAUUCGAGGGAUGUGGUCAAGACGACCUCGGCUGCGUGUGGAAGUUGUUAGUGAUGAAAUGAAUAUCAGCUUACUAUAA